CGUGACGUCACGAGGGACCAGGAAGUUGCCGCUCCGCCCGUGAACUGAAAUCCGAGGCCAAGCCCGGUUUAGCUGCUGUACCGCUCUUGUUUUCAAAAGCGACCUGCCCACAACAAUAACAAGCUGUCGCUUCCUCUGUCGAAUUUGUCUGAUGGAGCAAAGGCACUCGGCGCAACUCGGUACGACAAGGCAACAAUGCGACCGGUGUGCAUACAGCACGGAUCGUCCUGAACAUUUGACACGACACAAGAGAACUUACACAGCAGAGAAACUCUUCAAGUGCAGUGCGUGCGGCAACACGUGUUUAGAUUCAUAUACUCUUGUAAAACACCAGAAAACACACACGGGAGAGAAACCCUUCAGGUGUAGUGUGUGUGAGAAGGCGUUUGCACGUUUAUCUACUCUUGUAGCACACCAGAGAACACACACGGGAGAGAAACCCUUCAAGUGCAGUGUGUGUGGGAAGGCAUUUGCAUGUUUAUCUACUCUUAUAACACACCAGAGAACUCACACGGGAGAGAAACCCUUCAAGUGCAGUAUGUGUGGGACGGCGUUUGCACAGUCAUCUGUUUUUAAAAAACACCAGAGAACACACACAGGAGAUAAACCCUUCAAGUGCAGUGUGUGUGGGAAGGCGUUUGCACAGUCAUCUGCUCUUGUAGCACACCAGAGAACACACACGGGAGAGAAACCCUUCAAGUGCAGUGUGUGUGGGAAGGCGUUUGCACAUUCAUCUGCUCUUGUAAAACACCAGAGAACACACACGGGAGAGAAACCCUUCAAGUGCAGUGUGUGUGCGAAGGCGUUUGCACGUUCAUCUGCUCUUCAUGCACACCAGAGAACACACAUGGGAGAGAAACCCUUCAAGUGCAGUGUGUGCGGCAAGGCGUUUGCACAGUCAUCAAAUCUUCAAAGACACCAGAGAACACACACAGGAGAUAAACCCUUCAAGUGCAGUGUGUGUGGGAAGGCGUUUGCACAGUCAUCUGCUCUUGUAGCACACCAGAGAACACACACGGGAGAGAAACCCUUCAAGUGCAGUGUGUGUGGGAAGGCGUUUGCACAUUCAUCUGCUCUUGUAUUACACCAGGGAACACACACUGGAGAGAAACCCUUCAAGUGCAGUGUGUGUGGGAAGGCGUUUGCACGUUCAUCUGCUCUUCAUGCACACCAGAGAACACACACGGGAGAGAAUCCCUUCAAGUGCAGUGUGUGUGGGAAGGCAUUUGCACAGUCAUCAAAUCUUCAAAGACACCAGAAAACACACAACGGUGCAAAAAGGCAUCAAUGCGACCAGUGUGCAUACAGCACGGAUUAUAUUACACAUUUGACACAGCACCAGAGAACUCACACAGGAGAGAAACCCUUCAAGUGCAGUGUGUGUGGGAAGGCGUUUUCAGAUUCAUCUACUCGUGUAAUACACCAGAGAACACACACGGGAGAGAAACCCUUCAAGUGCAGAGUGUGUGGGAAGGCGUUUGCAUGUUCAUCUAAUCUUGUAAAACACCAGAGAAUGCACACGGGAGAGAAACCCUUCAAGUGCAGAGUGUGUGGGAAGGCGUUUGCAGAGUCAUCUACUCUUGUAAUACACCAGAGAACACACACGGGAGAGAAACACUUCAAGUGCAGUGUGUGUGGGAGGGAGUUUGCACGUUCAUCUACUCUUGUAAUACACCAGAGAACACACACGGGAGAGAAACCCUUCAGGUGCACUCUGUGCGGGAUGGCAUUUGCACGUAAACAAAAUCUUCAAAGACACCAGAGAACACACAAGCAUCAGAAGAUCCACAAGGAGUGGAGUCUGAAAUCAGCUUGCGAAAGUCAAAGUGCCGCAAUGAGCCCAUCCCUCAUCAAACAAGAACCGGAAGACAAUUUCGGCUUGGACGAUUUUAAAGGUAUCGAGGUGAAACAUGAAGAGGUGCAGGUGAAAUGUGAAGAAGUGAUGGUGAAGAGCGAAGAAGUGAAAGUAAAAUGUGAAUAUGAAGAUUCAACUCCAAAAUCGGACCUUCACAUCGAUGGAGGCAACGUGAAGCAGGAGGAGAAUUCUGACUGAGGCAGAGCGAGGCAACUCCCAGCAGUUUGUGGAAGUGGAGGUGUGGGUGGACUUCCUCCGAGAAAAUACAAAGUCAAAUGGAGACCCGGUAGAUGCGUAAGCUUGAGACGAUGUCGCUCCAAUCGAUGCACCUUUGUCACAUGCCUUUAAUGACAAGAAUGUGAAGUUGAACACUCAGUUCCUAGGUUCAACCUGCAGGGUAAGAGCAGCCAGUUCUUGUAAACCUGUGUGUUGGGUAGAUCUCUAACCAGGAGCGGUUAGAAACAUUGGGUCAAACAUUGAAUAAGUCAUGUUAGGACACAGUGUGUGUUUUGAAGUAACUUGUACAGGAUCACUCAGGUGAGACUCCUUCGUGUGAUACAGGUCAAAGGGUAUUUUUGUGUUUUCAGGACGCAUCUCCCUCUGGAGCAACUCAUUGUCUUUCAAAUAGGGAGCACACUUGGAUAAUUCAUCUGUUACAAGGAAUACCACUCAAAAGUUACACGUAGAGGAGAUACAUUCUCUACAACACGAAUUAUAAUUUUGUAUUACGUGUUGACGUAGAUUUUGUCGAAUUAGGACGAGAAAUGGUCCUUGCCGAUUAAAGUCUGGAUGUUCACAACCAUGGGUUGAAGCAAGCCUGACCGCCUGCGGUGCCCCUCACAACCAUUUACGGCCUUGGGCCAGGAAAGUCACAAAAAAAAUAGCACACGAACGACGCAUCCGCGCAAGCACCCGAUGCUCCGUUUUGAAGUUUGAAAAUGAAACAACUUUGAAUUAUUCAUUGAAAACGACAUUUCGUGUGAAUUUUAUCUCGUCGUUAAGUAGAUGGCCUUGCCGGGGAUUUCAUUCGAUGCGGACUUUCACCUGGUUGGGAUCGCGGGAUUGAGAUGAGGCGACACAGAGCUGGCCGUGCGAGAAGACCGCCGUCUGCAGAUCAAUUCCAACGUGAUCGAACGUCUGUCCCUGCGCCUCCGUCGUUCAUGCAGGGGGCGCGUAGGUUUACAGCGCCCCCUGCAUGAAAACGACAGAAAGUGCAGCGUUCAUCACAGUUAAAGUAGUGUGCUUAUAUAAAUUCAUUUUUUGUCUGUCUGUGUGUUCACGCGCUUGCGAGGGAUUUGUCUCUCUAACAGUGGGGUUUACGAAAAAAAUUUUCCCGGUACCACGCCGGAAGCCCUGCGGUUGGCAAGCACUAUUCGUUGUUCACAUCCGUCACCAUUAAAUUAGUUUAAUUAGCGAUUUUGUGCGAUAUUUCUUUAUUUAUUUAUGUAGUUUUGUCGCACGAUGCGGGACAAAGCACGCAAUUGCGCCCCUAGCAACGCACACACGAUCGAUAAAAAAAUCUCAUUCGCGUUAACAAUGCUUAAAAAAUAUACACACAACGCUGAGGUUCAUUCUUCAAAGUCUUAUGUCCCCCCCACCCCAAUGCGUGCAGUUACUGCUAUAAAGUCCGUAGAUAUUAAUAUUAGAGCGCUUAGAUGGCAUUGUUGCAGCGCGGGUGGGGAGAGCGGCCCAGCCCCCAGCCUGGCAAUGUGUCACCUCCUCUGGCUUGGCAAUCUAGGCGAGGCCGCGGGCUCUGCAUGGGACUAGGCCCCACCACGGCAAUGUGAAGUAGAAUUUUAUUUAAUCUUUCGCUAAGAACUCAAGUUUAUUUACUAUUAUGAAACAAAUAAGUUAGCAAAUAUUACAAUAAAAAUGUUUGUGUGUAGAAAACUAAUAUUGCACUAUUUGGUUGCUAAAUAUGUUCUUGUUUAGCUGUGUUUCUAUGAAGCUGAGACGGUGUACUGCCAGUCCGUGCUGUUACCUGCUGCCUGCUCAUUAAUUAACGUCGGUGCACUGGCACCAUUUUGGCGAAUUGCCCGAUGAUGCGAAACGUCGUACUCAAAAAUUGUAAAUGUUGUGGAUUCACUCUUCAACACACCGGUGGUCUAAAGUAGGGAACUUUUGUCUUUGUCAACGUGACAGUUUUUUGCUGAUUGGCCGUGUCGGGUGGUGGAGGAUUACGACACAUAAAUAAUAACGCGAUCUAACCCAAAAAUGUUUGUAAUAAAUAAUAUUGGUCGCGAAAGCCUACAUGUUAAACUAUUAUCUACACUGCUAAUUUUGCUUUUGGGCAUUGAGUGUAUGCCAGUCUAUAAUCUGUUGCCUGCUUCUUUACCUCACUCGGUGUACUGCCAGCCUUUCAUGUUGACUGUAUCCUGCUUUAUCAGCUGCUGACCAUAUUGCCAGCCUUUUAUGUCGACUGUAGCAAUGCUUGUGUCAUUGAGUCGGCGUACUGGCAGUCUAUAAUCUAGACUGUAGCCUACUUCUCAACUUAGCUAUGCGUACUGCUGCUCUUUAAUGUAAGCUUAUUUCAUCUUAUUUCUUCAAUGCAUUUCUAUUGUUUCGAUUGCACACGUCACGCUAUUUACUGAUACGUAGUACUGCGAUGCCGAUUAAUAUGUUAUACUGCUAAAUACGUUGGAUUUUCUUAGCUACAGCCCAUUGCAUUUCGUCUAUCGUUUUGUUACAUUCGUGGGAACAUCACCCAUUUAAAUUUUGUCGUACCGCACCUUUACUUUCCACCAAAGCGGGGAGCACGCAGGGAGGUUCAAUGCCCCAAAUAUUGUUGACCUUGCUUUCUUACGGUGGGUGAGGAACAUUGUGAGAGAGACAUUGUUCUUCCAUACCAAGAAAACACCAUCGCACAAUUUCUUGACACUAACAGAGCAUACAAUGCCCUACAAUAACACAUUUUCUUGUCGCAAGGCCAAGAUGGGUACCACGUCAAGAUUCCUCCAAUUACAAAUUUGCAGGACAAAGACAUCCUUACGAAACUGUCUCGUCUAAAAAAACUUCUAUUCCUUCGUGAUCAUGGACAGAGGAGGACACCACAUUGUGGUGCGCCAACCUCUAUCACCAAUAUGUUGUCGAUGAGUAUGCCAACAUUGAGAGUGAGCGCCUUUUACAUUCUACUGAAUCAAAACCGCCUGUGUGUGACCAGUAUGCUCAUCUCUGGGACGCCAUCAAUUCCGAAGGAGAUGGAAACUGUUACAAUGUGGGCUGAUUAGUUGUUUUGCCUUCAUCCUUCACAGCUCCACCAAGAUACAUGCAUGAGAAAACUCUGGAUGCCAUGACGUACAUCAGCCAAUAUGCCACUCCCCAUCUCUUCAUCACAUUCACUUGCAAUCCCAAAUGAAAGGAGAUCCAGGUUUACCUUCAUCCAAUCCAAAAGCCACCAGACAGACAUGACAUCUUAGUGAGGGUCUAAAACUCAAAGUUUAUGACCUCAUGAUGCUUAUUAUGACCAACGAAGGCGGCGUGUUUGGAUAGACAAGCAGUAACUUGCACACCGUUGGGUGGCUAAAACGUCGUCCACCUCGUGCUCACAUUUCGCUAUGGAUGAGGGAAACAAUUCAUGCAAGUCACAUUGACACAUUAAUCAGUGCUGAGCUAUCUCACCCCCAUCCAGACCCUGCUUUUUUUUCUGUGCGGUCUGCAACCAAAUGGUCCAUGGCCCAUGUGCCCAGUUCUAGCCAAAUGCGCCAUGUAUGCAAGACCACAGGUGUACCAAAAGGUAUCCACGGAACUACUUGCAAGACACUCAGUGAUGGCUAACCUCGAUAUCGUCACAGAAAUACUAAGCAUGGUGGAUUUCAAACAAUGCUCAGACCUGCCACUAACUCGCUAAUGAAGGUUCACAACCGGUGGAUCGUUCCCUACUGCCCUGUACACACACACAGUGUGUACACACACACACACGGUGUGUACACACACACGGUGUGUACACACACACACAAUGUACACACACACACAAUAAUGUCCACGUUGUUGAGCUGAGCUCACACACCCAAGGGGUCCCUGUUCAAGGGAGGGAGCGAUGAAAAAUGAAUCUAAAUCAACUUAAACUCCAACCCCACUCUGUGACGUCACCAUUCAGCAUGACCUCAUCGGUGUGAAACGCCAGCGGGAGGUGUUCCUCGCUAGUGGCGUCAUGUCACCAAAGUAUUCACCCCGCCCAACGGGCCCUUGAGCGUGACGUCAUUUCUGCCUGGGUCACUUCCGUUAUCUGUUCAAGAACUAUGCUUAUUUGGGCAAAGCCACACCCAGUGACUGGUGGUUCAUUAACAUAAUUUAUUCGUGAAAGACGUCACGAGUUCGUUGUGACCUGUUCGGCACCCACGCCCAUCCCUCCACGUGUGGGCCAGGCUCAAUAACAUAAUUUAUGUAAGUUACAGAGCCGCUCAUUGUGGGAGGGGAGUGUCUUGUACCACGCAAGUGACGUCAUGUCACCUGCUGCUGCCGCGUGACGUCACGAGGUAACGGAAAGUUGCCGCUCCGCGCGGGAACUGAAAUCCGAGGCCACGCCCGCUUGAGCUGCUGUACCGCUCUUGUUUUCAGAAGCGACCUGCCCACAACAACAAUAACAAGCUGUCGCUUCCUCUGCAGACUUGGUCUGAUGGAGCAAAGGCACUCGGCGCGGCUCGGUGCAAAAAGGCAACAAUGCGACC